GCGCAUUUGGGGGCAGCUGGGGCGUUUUUGCCAGCGAUAAGUUUUGAAGCAAAGAAGCAUGAAACAAGAAUGGAAAUGCGACGCGUAAAAGGUUACUUGUUACAGCUUUGCCUUUUCAAUAUUUUUUUUUCACAGUCUUUCUUUCUCUUUUCCCCAGCUUUGCUGCCAGCGGAUUCACUCGUUAACAAAACUCACGGCGGUCCAAGCCACAGCCACCGCCAAGUUUAGCGAAGCACACUUCCAAGCCUUGGUUGGGUAACUUACAGGGAAUCUGGCGCUAACAACGCAGCUAACGUCUUAGCGCCCGGAGCACUCCCGCCGCUGUAACAAAGAAUACGUGGGUGAGCCCAUUUACACGGCUUUUGAGGCUUUAUGCAGUCGUCAUUCACUCCCUUUUGGUUCCAAUUGCGCAUAUUUUUUUUCUCUUUCCAGCCUCGCACUCGCCUUUUUUUCAACGGUAGCCGAGUUUCAUCUUUUCAAACUCUUCCUUCUCCUUGCUUGGUCCCGCCCUGCGUCCUCACUCUUCCAAGCAGGCCUUUACCGCCCGGCCUCCCCUCCCGUGAAUACGAACAAACCCAGCCUGCCAGCAAGCAAGCAAGCAAAGCCGCGUGUUCCCAGCCCAACCGAUCCCUCCGAUUGCCCACUGCAGCCCUGCUUUAUGCCACUUUGCCUUGUGUUUCGGCACUUGCUUCUCCUCUCCAUCUUCUUUCAAACUCGCAGAAUACAGAAUCGACACACAUUGUCAUCGAUCUUUCGGACUUGUGCUGCUUCUUCACAACUUACUUUCGCUACUCUACGAACCUCUCACUCCAACAUAGCGAUAUCAAUGCCUCCCCGCCACACUUAGCACACCAGCCAACCCAACUCAAGCCAUUGACGCGAUCGGCAUGGAGUCUCCUCAAAAUUAUCGGUCGUCACUGAUCGUCCUAUAUCUGGCCAUUAUACUUCCUCUAUUAUGCUCAUUGGCUGCCGCUGAUCCCAUCUUUGUCAAUGGAGUCGGCGAUCAGGUCAACCAGAAGCUCGAUGUCAGCCGUUACCCGGCCCUCUACACUGGCGAUUUUGCCGAUUGCAUGACCGGUGGUAGUUUAUUUAAUGUUACGAAAUUCGACACUGCUUAUUAUCAAGACAAUGCUACUAUUAGCUUCCAUCUCGAUGGAUCAUCAAACAUCCGACAAGAGUCUGUAAUGUUAUAUCUUUCAAUUGAGGCUUAUGGAGAAGUCAGAUACGGAACCGCUUACGACCCUUGCAAAGGAAAUAUAACCUCGCUAUGCCCACUCAAGGCUCCACAGUCUAUCCAAGCAUACGGCGCUCUGGCUGAUGUCGAGAGCAUUGUUCCGUCCGUCGGACUCAAUAUCCCAAAUUUUGAGGGGCUUGCUCGUAUACGGAUCUUUUCAAACUCUACUCAAAAGGAAAUCGGCUGCUUCCAGGCGAGCAUGUCCAACUCUAUUACGCUCUCACAGCCUGCUGUUCUGGGCACCAUUGUUGGUAUCUUCAUACUGGCUGCUGCCGUGGCUUCAUUUCUAAGCGCCAUAUACGGAGUUAGCAUUGAGCAUGUACGCAUGCACUAUGCCCACUCGGUUUCCAUCAUGGUCCUCAUCGACACAUUUCAGUCCUUCUUCCUGUCUGGUGCCCUCGCUGUUAGCUGGCCCAGCGUGCUGCCCGCCUGGUGGAGCAACUUUGCGUGGACUGCUGGCAUGUUCACCACAGACCAACUUGUUCGCUCCAUCAGUUCAUUUACAGGAAUCAAUGUAAAUGUUACGCAAGUUGGUGGUGCCGGUCCGGCUCCUCCAAGUGGCAAAGGCAGCUUGGCCAACCAAAUCUAUGGCCGCGCAGCUCAAGGAAAAUUCCAACUUGCCAACUAUCCCAUGCGAAGGGCAGCCUACGAUCCCACCAAUCCAUACGACUACUCAUGGUCUGGGAAUCCAGAGGGCCCUGGAAUGCCUAUGCCCGGUACGUGGCCUGGCUUCUCAGGAACAUUGUCACAGGUGCAAGUUCCCCCAGCAGAAGCUUUCACCCUGAGUCUUAUUUGGCUUUUGGUCCUGUUGGGAAUUGUAUCAUUUUGUGUUAUAGGCACCAAGCUGGUGUUGGAUUUGCUUAAAAUGGUAAAGCUUCUCAAAACAGACGGCUUCGACUACUUUCGAAGCCACUGCCUUGGUUAUCUAGCAGCGUCCCUCUUGAGAACCAUUUUCAUCGCCUUCUUCGCCAUCAUGACCACAACAACCUUUCAAUUCACAUACCACGGAACGAUAGCUCCGACCGUUCUUGCGGUCGUAAUUUUUGUGCUCCUAUUAGCAAUUGUGGGUUCAGCCGCCGCCUAUGCUUGCCAACUCCGUUUACGAGAAGGCAGUUUUGAAUUCACACGAGAUGCUUUACGAUUUGAAAUGAGACGAAAGGUUAGGGGUAUUCCCUAUAUAUCGACAAUACGGGAAAAGGCGAUGGGGGAAACAGAAGCAUCAAACAAGCCAACUCUGCUCUUUGCGAUUCCAAUCCCCUACAUCAAGCACGUCAACACCGACCCAAACAGGCCCAAUGUACACAAAGACGAAAUGUUCAUCAAGCGCUUCGGAUGGCUAUCAGCCCGUUAUCGACGUUCAAGAUGGUGGUUCUUUGUUUAUUACAUCAUCUAUCAGUUUGCUAGGGCGUGCCUUCUCGGCGGCGGAUCACGAACCCCUCAUGCGCAGGUUUUCAGCUUACUUAUCAUGGAAACACUCGCAGCUGUCAUCAUCUUCAAGCUGAAACCGUUCGAGUCAUCGCGAAACUCGGCGCUUGGUGUUUGGCUAUCAUCGAUUUCCAAAGUCAUUACUACCGCUCUAUCAAUCGCGUUUCUGCAAGACUUCAAUGUCGAUCGAACUGCAACCACUGUUAUUGGCAUCAUUAUAGUAAUUGUUCAAGGAUUUGUUGGUGCUGCAGCUUUGAUUCUUGCCCUUUUAGGAAUGUUUUCUACAUGGAUGUCCUUGUCGCGAAACCGUGCAGAAUUCCCUGAAGACCUCAGUUCCAUCCGUACCAAGUACUUUGAACAUAUGCAGCAGAGAGCCGACGACGCCCCUCAGGAGAAGAAGCAAGCUAUUUCAGAAGAUCCUAUGGAAUCCACCUUUGACGUACGGGAGGUACGAAGGGCUCCUAAGAUUGAAGACGAAGAUGAAGAUUAUAUUGAGCCAGUGUCCCAGCUCCCAUUGAGCAAUGGCAGACGCACUCGGGCGGACAGCGCCAGUUCAAGGCACUCUGUGAGCAGCAUUCCACGCGCUGCCCGGGUGCACCGUGCCUCGUGGAGUUCGAAUGAGUUCGCGCAAAUGCAAGCUGAGAAUCUAAGUCGACCUGACAUGCAGCGCAGAGCCCAUUCUCGUGUGAGCUCUCUUAUGCUGCCCAUUGCAUUUGCGAGCCUCGAGGAAGGGGAUGAAAGCAGCGCCGCGAUAGACAGCCAACGACCCAUGACACCAGCGGAGGAAUUUGUAGAGAAUACUGGUGAGCCGAAUGAUCAAAAGAGUCAUGUUACUCAAACUGCUGAGGAUACCCAGGGCCACACAGCUAAAGGUGAUGCUCCAGUAGUGUAAUACGUGAGCAGAGGGAGAGAUUAUUACCAUUUCCUAGCAUAUACGACCACCCUUUAUUGUAGAUGACACAUAUUAUGAUGAUGAAUAAAUGCCACUAUACGAAUAGUACAUUAUAUCAAUUUAUAAAAUACUUUUUUUUCUUUUUUUUUUGGACUAUGCAGAUAGGUCGCCUGUUUGUCA